AUGAAGCUCUUGAAAUAUAGCAUGUGGCUGGCAAGUCUUGCCGUGGCUAAUGCCAAGCGGCCUAAUAUCCUUUUCAUCUUAACUGAUGACCAGGGCAAAUACGUUGGAGGCAUUGAAGAUAUGCCUAAUCUACAGUCUCAACUGGUCCAAAAAGGUGCAACCUAUCCCAAGCACUACUGGUGGAACGAUAAUUACCUGCCCCUAUGGAUGCAGGACGCCGGCUACGACACCUACUACGUUGGAAAACUAUGGAACUCCAUCACGGAAGAUAACUAUAACGAUCCCCCUGUGCGUGGCUUCAAUGGCUCGGAGAUCAUGCUCGACCCAUACACAUACCGGUACUACGAAUCAGUGUUCACUCGCAACAACGGUGCGCCCGAGAGCUAUGCAGGCAAUUACUCCACCGACGUGAUUGCUUCCAAGGCUGCCGGCUUCCUUGAUGAUGCUCUGAAAGGAGACCGACCUUGGAUGUUAACUGUUGCGCCAAAUGCCCCGCAUGCCAACGGGUCUUUCGACCCAUCAACUGGAGCUACUUGGUUCGGUGAACCGGAGUCUGCGCCACGCCACGCGAAGCUGUUCCCAGAAGCGCAGGCGCCUAGAGAUAACAGCUUCAACACCUUGGUCAAGGGAGCCGUUAGCUGGCAUGAGAACGUACCCGAAUUGAAUAAGACCGAGGUUGACUAUAUUGACUACUUCUACCGCUGCCGUCUACGUGCUUUGCAGGCUGUGGAUGAUCUGAUCGGGGAGUUGGUUGAUAAGCUCGAGAAAGCGGGAGAGCUGGACAACACGUAUGUCAUCUUUUCCACAGACAACGGCUACCAUCUUGGCCAGCACCGUCUGCAGCCAGGAAAGAAUUGUGGCUUUGAAACCGACAUCAACGUGCCUUUGAUUAUCCGUGGCCCCGGGGUGCCUCAGAACAAGACAUUGGAUGUGAUUACAAGCCAUACCGAUCUAGCUCCAACUUUCUUGUCUAUCGCUAAUAGCACAACGAGUGGCCUGGACGGACAGAUUCUUCCGGAACUGACGGCGGCUACUACCUCGAGUAACAAAUCCGAGCACGUUGCUAUUGAGUACUGGGGACUGGCUGUUCCAGAGGGCAUCUACGGCUACAACAAACUCAGGACGGGCCCUGGAAACAGCUACGAAAACAACACGUACAAGGGCAUUCGUUUGAUUGCCGAUGACUACAGUAUCUACUACUCUGUCUGGUGCACAAACGAGAAAGAGUUCUAUAACCUCAAGGAUGAUCCUCAUCAGACCGUCAACUUAGCUGCCAACCCCAACCAGCAUGCAAACUACAAGGUUGCAAACCGGGAAUUGCCACAGAUCAUCAAUCGCUUGGACGCUCUGAUGCUAGUCCUAAAGCGUUGCUCUGGUGAUCAAUGCCGUGACCCAUGGGGUCAACUUCACCCUAAGGGGUAUGUCAAGAACCUUGCCGAUGCUCUGGAUCCAGGAUUCGAUGAGUUCUAUGAGAAACAGCCCAAGGUGUCAUUCUCUUCAUGUGAAACAUACUACACAAUCGACGCCGAGGGGCCUCAGAAGUUCGAUGUGUAUGGAGGAGGGACAGAGAAGAAGUGGUUUGACUUUUGGGCAUAA